CCUGCUAGCCCUGGUCCGGCCGACGGCUUGUCCUGACCGUGAUGAGAAGUCGGAGCCGGAAGUGGCGGGAACAAGAGGGAAAUAGGUUGAAAUCUUGUUGAGGUCAUGGAGUUUAAUGAAGAGAUACUAAAGAGACAGCUGGGGAAGGUGAGAGAGUCACAGGGAGAGCCAGCGCGACCGAGAUGGAGAUCCGGAGACCGACUGCGAUUUGUGCGUCUGAUGUGUUAUAAAUUCCGGGAUCUGACUAUCAAGGAACUGAAGAAUAUGCACCAAAAAUUCCCUGAUCUUAAAUCAUCACUGGACACAUACACUUUCAGCGAUGGCUCCCAGAAGGAUUUGCUGAACCUCAUUGGAACCAUCCCGAUUCGCUAUCAGGGAUCUUCCUAUAACAUUCCUAUUCGAAUAUGGAUUCUUGACUCUCAUCCCUUUGGUCCCCCUUUGUGUUUCCUGAGACCAACGUCAAAGAUGGUUAUACGUGUGGGAAAGCAUGUGGACAUGCAAGGACGCAUCUAUUUACCGUACCUGCAGCACUGGAGUCAUCCAACGACGGAUAUCAUUGGUUUGCUAAAUGAAAUGAUCGCAAAGUUUGAGGAAGUAACACCUUUGUACAUGAAGUCCUCUGCUGAUGGACCAUGCUUGACAGAGCUCAACACCAUUAUGGCCAAUUUUUCUUCAGGUCUCUCUGAUGUCAGCCCUCAGCCAAAAACACAAGCUGCUGACCGGCACUUCAGCAAAGUUACAGUGCUUGGAGGUGGUGAUUUGGGAAUGGCGUGUACCAUGAGCAUUCUGGCAAAGGAUAUUGUGGAAAAAUUAGUAUUUAUUCCUACCACAGAAAGUACUAUGAAGAGUUCAACAUUGGACAUGGAGAUCUUCCAUCUGCCUAAAGUCAAAACCAGCAAAGAUUACGCAAAUUCAGUGGGUUCCGAUGUGGUGAUAAUCACUGCCAACACCUGGGGUGGCGAGGAGUCCUAUCUGGAUGCAUUGCAAAGCAACGUAGAUUUGUUCAGGAGUAUCAUUCCCAACGUUGUACAACACAAUCCCAACUGUAUUCUCGUUAUUGCCUCCCAGCCAGUUGAUGUGAUGACGUACGUGAGCUGGAAGCUGAGUGGGUUUCCUUCACACCGUGUGAUAGGGACUGGUUGUAACCUGGAUACUCGGCGAUUCCAGUUCAUCCUGGGGAAAUCUUUGAAAGUGUCACCAGCUGGAAUGGAGGCCUGGAUUAUUGGCGAGCAUGGGGAUAAUGAAGUGUCUGUGUGGAAGGGCUUGGAAAGGGACGAUGGGCAGAAUAUCAGUCCAGAUACAAUCACAGACCAUGACAAAUGCAAGCAGCUAGAACACAGGGCUUUUAAAGGAUUAAAAGAGAAAAGUCAAAGAUCAUGGUCUGUUGGGUUGUCAGUGGCUGAUUUAACUGAGACUAUCUUGAGAAAUCUGGGACAUUCACAUUCCGUCUCCACACUGGUGAAGGACUGGUAUGGAAUCACUGGUGGGGUAUUUCUCAGCCUGCCAUGUACACUAACCAGGGCCGGAGUGGUCAAUGUAAGUGCACCAAAGCUGUCGAAGGAAGAUGAAGAAAAGUUGCAGAACAGUGCAGCAACCCUCCAAAACUUUCUUCAGCAACUGAAGAUUUGAGCUGCUGUUUGGACAAAUGUAAAUAAUUAAUGGCAAAGCUGAAGAAAUUGCAUCUUCUUCCAAUGUUCAGCAGUUUCCUGGAAACAUGCACUCUGCAACUGGAAGCUGUAUGUCCUUAAUGUACCUACAGCCAAGGGCACUUUAUAUAACCACUGCCAUGUAGCCUCUGCUUAGCUUGAGAGUCAUGGCUUGGCUCUGUUAUUAGCAUUUUCUGGUUGGAUGCAUUUUAAAAUAUCCUGGAAAAGGAAGUUCUUCCAGUGUCCUGGCCAACAUUCCUUAAUUAAACAUCAUCAAAGAACAUAGAUUAACUAUUAACUUCAACUCUCUUCUUGGCAUCUUCACAAGGACAAAAUGCCCACCGCAUGAGUCUACAUGGCAGUUAUCAUGGUUAUUUGAUUGUUUUUACUAUAACAAUGAUAUAUAAAUCAGGUUCCCCCCCAUCCCCAAGCUCCCCACCCACCUGCACAGCAUUGUGCCUGUGAUGGGUUCAGAAGCAUGCUGCUAUACCACGUUUGCCCUGUGUGUAUCUGUCUAGUUCAGCAGUAUGCAGGUAAUGCCUAAGCCUGUUGGCACUUUAAACAAACAUUUGGCCUGGGCAACUACUAAAACAGCCCUGGGAUCCACUACACUGAGUCUUGAACCAGGGGAAAUAGAAAACUCCCUAAAACCAAUUUGGAACAAUGCUUCUACAGAAACAUUGUGAAGUAAAGAUGAUGCAUAUUCAACCUUUAUUGCUUUAUAAUUUCAGGUCUCACCAACAGAUUUUAAUACUUUGCCCUUAUUCAGAUCAUCUAAAACUAAGACUCUUCUCACUUCUUCCUCCACCGACCUGUCCUUCCCACGUUGGCAGCAAAAGUGUUUCUUGAACUCGCCAUUUGCACCCACCAUGCACACAAUCCUUAACAAAAAGGACAACAUCUACCUUCUCCUACUUAUUUCCACGCAAUGAUGGAGUGCUGUGGUAUAUGCUGCACCGUUGAAGGAGGGUUCUGCUGGAUUCUCCCUCUGCUGCCUCUUCCAACCUAUCUCCUGACACUCAUUUAACAUGCUUUCUAAUCUGGAUUUACUUAUAAAGCUCCUCCUUUGAUCCAGGACUGAGUCUCCAGCUGUAACCUGCUCCAACUCAUUAUGUCUUUCCUCCAUAUUCUACAGGCUGUUCAAAACCUGCCCCUUUAACUCUUUCUUAGGCAGUCCCUUGGAGAUCGAGGAUGAUUGCUUCCACUUCACUUUUGUGGGUUCUGAUGUGGCUGAGGAACCGCAGACUCUUACGUAGAUGUGUCAGGAGGCAGCAGGUAGGGUAGGCAGGUGGUUAGUUUGGGAGGCGUAAGCUCCUGCUGCAUAUGCAGGGGCUUCUGUGGGCUCCCACUGCAUGGCCUCGGUUCUCAAAUACCGUCCCACUUUGGACAUUCAUGGGCCAGAGGUUCCCAGGAGUUGGAGGGGAGUUUGCACUUCUUCAAGCAAGCUUUGAGCACAUCUUUGAAUCUUUUUCUUUGUCAACUGGGUAUCUGGGUAGAGAAUUCCAAAGGUUCACCACUGUCUGAGUGAAGAAAUUUCUCCUGAUUUCAUUUCUAAGCAACCUACCACUUAUUCUCAAACUGUACCUUCUGGUUCUCGAUCCCUUAACCAGAGGAACUGUUCUCUCUGAAUCUAACCCGUCGUGCACUUUAAAAAUGUUGUAAGUUUCUAUUUGAUCUCUUCUCAUUCUUCAAAUCGCUAAAGAGUGCAGUCCCAGCAUAGUUAAUCUCUCUUUGUACGGCACACUCGUCAUUCCAAGAACCUUCUCUGCAUUCACUCUAUAACAAGUUCAUCUCCUUUUAAGUAACAAGACCAAAAGUGUACACAAUAUUCAAGGUGCAGUCUCACCAAGACCCAAUACAAUUGCAAUAAGACUUCCUUACUCCUGUAAUCAGACCCUCCCAAAAUAGAGAUUAACAUACCAUUUACCUUCCUAAAUGCUUGUUGCCCCUACAUGUUGGCCUUCAGUGAUAUGUGUACAGUGACAUGAGAUAAUAUAAAUAAUGUAAACAUAUUGUUUGAAGCUGGAUGAGCAACAAACAGUACCUAAAUAGAAGUGGCUAAAGUCCAAGCUGUGAUGUGGUAGCCUGUUUUGUCAAACCUAUUGUCCCGGCAUCAUGAGACAGAAAUCGGAGCUAAUCGGGCAAAUGCUUAAAGCACUACACCUAUAAAAUAUAAUAAAUAACCAUAAUGUAG